CUAUGCUGGUGAAAUGUGUUAAUCUCUCAGGUAAAACUCUAUCGGACGGGGGAAACUGUAUAAGGAAUUUCAGCUGGGGCUAAGAGUAGCAUAAUGGAUAAUAAGAGAACUUCAAAUUCAGGUGGCGAUAAGGAGGUGCUAAGUUAGGCGCUAGGAGUGAACAUGUAAGCCAAAGGGAAGUUCAUGACUCUUGAAGGGAGUCAUAUGGUUGUUAGCAAGCUAGAGAAAGAUGCAAAGGAUGCCUUUAAUGCAUACAAGAAGUAAAAGCAGUAGUAUGAGAUUUCAGAGUUAAGCAAGAAGUAACGAGGAGAUGACCACUCAAUUUAUGGUUAAAGGAUAAGACAAGGCAUCAAGGAAGAAAUUAAGAGAUACAAGGACCUAGGUGACCCAUGAGGUCAAUCCGGACGAGAGUUACGUUAAAGGAGUUUUACCAUCUGACUAGAUGGAGGACAAGCCGCCAUAUGUAACCCUAAGGUUAAAGGGGGUAUUAAGAACAUCAAUAGGGACGUGUAAAGGAUUCUUUCAUGCUAAAGGCACCAGAUAUGGUGAAUCAGGCAUCAAGUGUGUGUAUCAAGUGGAGUUAUCAAAGAGGAGCAUAAUGAGCCCUAAAAAGGGAGAAGAAGUGAUACCUAGGAACCAGCAUCGGAGUUAAUCAUUAAGUAGGUCAAACAUUCUACACCAAGGAGAGUUGUCAGCAGUCAAGAUAGGGUGGACAAAGUUCAAGGUCUGGGCCUGGUAUGACCUGAAUAGCUGGCUAAUAAUUUACUUCCUUAAGCUCUUAAGGAAUCCUACAUAGAGACCCAAGACAAAUCGUUGAGAACAACAAGAGCUAUGAAUGCCAUUACACCAUCAGAGGCAUUUAAGAAGGGAGAGUGCCUUAGUGCCAUAGACUCAUUAAGCAAGUAACUAGCUUGAGCAAGAGAUUUAUGAAAAAUGGGGGAGCAAUUAGUUGGCGAAGAACCACACGAAUUGGAGGAAGGGGUUUAUAGCUCCAGGUUGUAUAAAGUAAAGGAAGUAUAAGUCCUUGCAGCAGAAGGAUUACCUCAAGUGAGACUUUAGGUUAUCAACAAGGAACAAAUUUCGAGGUCGAAAUUUUCUUAAGGAGGGAGGAAACAUGAUACCUCGACUUCGGUAGGUUCAACAUCAAGUACUGGACCCAAGUUGGAAAAUUUUGAAAAGGGCAAGUAGCCACUCAAAGCUACUCGAUGCUAAUGAGCUUGUUGGGAAUACCCUUUAUGGUCAAGAAGAAAUAACUUGAGGUGAGGUAAACUAUACGGGACAAGCAACGGACAUCAUCAAGGUUCAUAUAGAGAGAAUAAAUUUUGGGGCAAGGAAGUACAAGAAUGGUGUUGACAGAGGAAUGAGAUUCAAGCAAAUUUCGGGGACGAAAUUUUUAUAAGGGUGGAGGAAAUGUUACACCCCGAUCUUUCUAAGGGUCAAAAUGACUAUUUUACCCUUGGUUAAAUUCAUCAAGUUUCAUCGUGAUAUCGAGGAAGACUAAAAAUGCGAACUCUCGAUUCAAACGGUGUCGCGUUUCGAUAUAAAUCGAAUAAGUUACGGACGUUAGUUGAGUUACGGAUUAAACUCACCCGUAAUUUGUGAAAUUCACCGAGUUAGAUAAAAUCCAACCCUAAUCCCAUGCUCCACUCAAGCUAAUUAAAACCUAAAACCCUAAGCAGCCUUUUAAUCUUCUCCACCAAACAGUUUUCCGGACCGGGGAUGAUAAGCGACGCAUCUCUCCCUACCAUGGGAGGCGUGUGCUUAACCAAGGUGGAGGGCAAUUAUCCAGGACAAAGCAAAGCGGCACCAUCGAGAGCUGCUCGUCCGAGGCGGUGGGAUAUUGGGGAAAUCAAACACGCGGUAUCGUCCAACGAGCGUUCGUCGUCCGAGCGGGAUCUGUUCGUCCGAGAGCAAGGCCUCCGUUGGUGCAUCAAUCUCGUCCAAGGGGGAUCUGCCUGCAAAGCGACCCUCUCUACCAUGAGAGCUACUUGCUUAAGCAAGUUCGUCCCACCUGUCAUGGGUAUUGCGCCACAGCAAGCACGAGGUCACUUGCGUUUGGGAAGGCAAAAGCGGAAGCAACCAUGAGGUGGCAUGCUAUCGGGAGGCCAACGCAGGAGCCAUGAGGUGGCUUCCUCUCGUGAGGACAACGCAAAAGCAGAGCUGUUUGCGGUGGGGAAUCAGCCAAAGCGGCUUAAGCAGGAGACCACGUAGGACCAACAUUAAAAAUACUCUCUCUACUACGAGAGGUGUUAGCUUAAGCAAGCAUGACCAAUAUCAACGAGAGCCGCUAUGCAAGCGAGUAGGACCAUUAUGCAAGCAAGCAGGAGAUCGAAAGGAGGCGGCCAUGAUUAAGCAGGCAGGAGGAGGGCAUUAUUAGGGAAAAAGCACAUAAUCAAGCCAGUUCCAACGGAAGUGAGGUGAGUGUAAAGGGGGUAAAUUCUACGCCUUACGUACUCUUUUAAGUUUGACGAGCCUUAAGUAUUUGUUGAAGUGAUUGUUAUUGCUUGAUUGUGCUUAUGGUUGAUUAUAUGUGAUUUUGUUUGAGCCAUGUUUGAUGUGAUUGUCCAUGAGUUUUAUUUCAAUUUAAGCUUUGAGUAUAUAAGUUAUUGUUGAAGUUAAGAAGCAAGCCCCUUUUAAGAAGUAACUCACUUUCAAGAAGGUGAAGUCGUUUUAAGUGUUUUUAGUCACUAGCGCCAGUCCGUUGCCAUUUGAGAUUUCCAGAUAGAGCAGCAGUUAUGCUCUUGAGAUCUUUGAGACAGAGCCGCAGUUAUGCUCUUGAGACUUUUAAGAUGGGCAGCAGUUAUGCCCUUGUGAAUCAUGGUGAAGAGCCACCACGAUAAGUUUAAGAUGUUAGGGGGAUGAAUCGUUACGACUUCCCUAACUAAGUUUAAGUUUAAGGAAAGCCUUGAUGGCUUCUCAUACGUAUGAGUUGGCAACCGGACUAGCUAGUGAGGGAUCCCCGUGUCAGUCAAGUAUUUAAGUCGAGAUUUGAGCUUUAAGAAUUCAGUUUUAAGAGUUAAGCUUUUUAAUAGUGGAAGCACAAAACAACUUCCACUCAGUUAAGUAAAGUGAUCAAGUAGUAAUAAGAUGUUAAACGUAAGGGCGUAGACUGACCCCAUCUCACUCACCAGUUUGAGGAGCUAGAGGAGCAGUUAGUGAGCAGCAAGUUCGAGGGCAGCCAGCUAGAGGAGAGCAGUAUAAGUGUCACGGAGGAUGCUUAGUCAAAGAUUUCAGUAGCAACAACUUCAGAGAUUAUUAGUUAUAUACAUUUAUGAUUAUGAGUACAGACUGGAGAUUAUUUUGAGAUCAGUUUGAGAUUUUAAAGUUUGAGUUUAAUUUGCCCAUGUGUUAGGGCUUUGCUCUGAGCUAUAAGUGUGUGUUUUCAGUAUUUUAUUUAUUAAAAUUGUUCCCAGUCGCUAUUUAAGAUUUGAGUAUUUUAGUUAUCAAGGGCAUUUUAGUAAAAGUAGUACCCGGCCGGGUUAGGGUGUUACACGGAUCACUCUCCAAUUGGCUGAUCGAUCAGUAAAAAUUCCAAAAGGAGUGGUGGAGAAUGUAUUGGUGAAGGUGGGGAAGUUUAUUCUCCCAACAGAUUUUGUAAUUCUGGAGAUGGAAGAUGAUCAGGGAGUGCCUCUAAUUCUCGACAGAACUUUUCUAGCACCGGUAAUGCACUCAUCGAUGUUGGGAGAGGCAAGUUAACAUUCCGAGUAGGUAAGGAGGAGGAAAUUUUUAAUGUCUUUCAAGUUGAUCAUAAUCACGAUGCAAUUGAUGACCUUGAAAGUGGAGCUCGAGAAAGGAAAAAUUCCUCUUCUUGUGAUAGUGGACCACCCAAAGAACUAUCACAUGUCCUAGCAGCUCAAAGUCUGAAAUCAAAGCAGGGGCAGAAA